AAAGCAGAUUUUCGUGGCCCUAUCAAGCAACAACCAUUGCUUGAAUAUAGAAAAAGUAGAGAUGAGUGGUCGUCGUCGUGGUGGUGGUGGUGGUCGUCGUCGUCGUUGUGGUUCGAGCUCGCAUCGCAAGGGGAGGACCAUCGGCAAUGGAAACGAAGAUUGUGCAGCGGGGGAAACGAUGGGUGCUUCCACUUCUUGCUUCCCUUCUCCUCUCUUGCCUUUUAAUCACUGUUUCCCUUCUCUUCUCCUCGUCUCCCCUUCGCCACACCCUCGUUUUCCUAUCCUUCUCCCAGAUCAGUUCCUCCGCUGCUGACUCCGAUGAUUCACCGCUUUUUGUCGAGUCCAAGCUUCAGCUACCCCCUCUGCCGCCGGCGAAUAACGUCCCCCGUCUAGCUUACCUGAUCUCUGGAUCCACUGGCGAUGGGCGUAGUAUUAAGCGCACGCUGCAAGCGCUCUACCACCCGGGCAACCGCUAUGUGCUACACCUUGACCUCGAGUCGCCGCCCGCUGAGCGCCUGGAGCUCGCUGCUGACAUUCGCGGAGAUCCAGUUUAUCAGAGGUAUAAGAAUGUAUGGGUGAUUACGCGGGCAAAUCUGGUGACUUAUCGAGGUCCGACGAUGGUUGCGAACACGCUCCACGCUGCGGCCAUCUUGCUGAAGGAGGGAGGGGAUUGGGAUUGGUUUAUUAAUCUCAGCGCGUCUGACUACCCGCUGGUCACCCAGGAUGAUCUGCUAUACACACUGUCAACUAUACCAAGGCAAUGGAAUUUCAUUGAACACACAAGUGACAUCGGAUGGAAGGAGUACCAGAGGGCCAAGCCUGUGAUCAUAGACCCUGGGCUUUAUAGUUUGCACAAAUCAGAUGUUUUCUGGGCUACUGAGAAAAGGAGCGUACCCACCGCUUUCAAGCUCUUUACAGGCUCAGCAUGGAUGAUGCUUACCCAUCAGUUCAUUGAGUUCUGCUUAUGGGGAUGGGACAACCUUCCACGCACUGUCUUGAUGUACUAUGCAAACUUCCUCUCCUCCCCGGAGGGCUACUUCCACACGGUCAUCUGCAAUGCUGAUGAGUUCCGCAACACCACUGUCAACCAUGACCUGCAUUUCAUAUCAUGGGACAAUCCUCCAAAGCAGCAUCCACAUUUCCUCACUGUGAAUGAUUUCCAAAGGAUGGUUGACAGCAAUGCACCAUUUGCCAGAAAGUUUGGCAGAGAUGACCCAGUCCUAGACAGGAUUGACGAGGAGAUCUUGGGCCGUGAUCACAGUGGGUUUGUGCCCGGUGGGUGGUAUGAUGCUUUAAAAAAGAACACUUCUGAUGUGAAUUACACGGUGAGGAGUAUAAGCGACCUCAGGCCUGGAGCCGGCACAAAGAGGAUUGAGAAGCUUAUAUUAGGUCUUCUCAACCAAGAUGAUUUUGACAAGAAACAUUGUAUCUGAUGACAAAAAAAUAAAAAUAAAAAAUACAGUGGUGAAUCUUUUAGUUGCUGGCUGGUUGGUUACUCAUACAUUUCUUGGGGAGCUGCUGCGUAGUGUGGAAAGGUUGUGGCUCACAUGAGAUCAUCAAGAGGAUAUUUGUAAUCAGUGUUUUGUUAUUGUUACCAUGGAGAACAAGUUGAAUUUUUUUUUUUUUUUUUGGUUAGGCGUGGUAGUGGCAAGAUGCUGGAUUUUCCUGCAUUUCUCUUCAGCCCUUCAUUAACCCAUAAUGGCUGUUUACAGUCUGUAACACAUUUAUUAAUGGAGCUGUAUUAUUGUGUGCAA